CGAAAAAUGCCAAAUGGAAAAAUGAUGGGACCAUGAAGAGGUAAAGGUUCUGCGUAGAGCUGCAUGGCUCAUCGUUUGCUUGUGCUUGACAACGAUCAGUCCACCGUAACGGUUUGCUUCUGUUGGUUGUGCGCGGUGUAGGUACGAGGCAGAGUUCGACGAGGUGAAGGUGUGUUUGGUUCAUGCAAGAGGGGGGCAAGGUUUGAUGUCUGUGCAGUGCACACGGCGUGUGUGUUUUAUGCAGGUGCUCGGCAAGGGCAGUCAGGGGAAGGCGGUGUUGCUGCAGGUCAACGAAACUCGCUCUCAGAGCAUAGCGUCUCCUCUCAGUGAGUACUUGUGCUUUGCAGAGAAUAGCCACUGGCGAGUACCUGGUCGGCAAGAGGAUUGUGACCAAGCUGGAGAGAAAAGACAAGACCAAAUGCAUUCAAGAGGUGAGCAACACAGAGACCAAGUGAUUGAUCAAGUGCCCCUUGUAUCAAGUGCCCCUCGUGUCGCACACCUUUCCAGAUUCAGCUGAUGCAGCGUCUAAAGCAUCCCCUCUUGGCUGCUUAUCAAGGUGCCUUGUAUCUUUCUGACGAUGAAUUGGUUAUACUGAUGAAGUACUACCCUGGUCGGCAAAGAGACACAUUCAAAUCAAGCAAACACUUUCUCUUUCUCGUGCUCUGAUCAGGGGGGAACAUGGCCACUCUCAUAUACAACAGGACCGAGCCAUUCUUGGAGUCUCAGGUGUUGAAUUAUGUCACGCAGCUUCUGAUCGCGCUCGAGUUCAUUCACAAUCACAAAGUCAUCCAUCGGAAUGUGAAACCAUCGAAUGUCUUCGUCUCGCAGAAUGACAAUGUUGGCAAGGCAGAAAAGACAGAUAGAGAGUUGUGCAGUCAUUAUGGUGUGCGUUCUUUUCCUUUCUGUAAUGCAGAUAUGCCUUGGUGACUUGGGCGUGUCUCGUCAGCUCGAGUCAACAGGCAAGCCGGAAGCGUACUACGUCAGGUGUGGCACAGACAUAGAGAGCAAGUGAAGAACGUACAGAAUUCAAUUGCUUGGUGUGUCAGCCCAGAGGUCUGCGAGGGAGGCCUGUAUUCAUUUGCGUCGGACAUCUGGGGUGUUGGUGCAAUUGCAUGUGAGAUGCUUACACUGGAGGUGCGCGCAUCUCCGGUGCAUUUGCACAUGCGUUGAGUUGAUACAAACAACGUGCCUUCCUUCAGAAACCGUACGAUUCCAUUGCCGACAUCAUGAAAUGCGAGACGCCACUGCACUUGCCUGAUUCGGUGAAUGACGGGACAAUCAGCAUGGAUUGCGCCCGAGGGACGACGCGUUGUUGAUGGGUGUCAGGUGUCACCAGGAAUGCACGCUCUCGUCCAGUAGGCGCUCUCUCCUUCUAGUGGACGCCGAUGUGUCAUGUUAUGGGUACUGACAGGUGUCUCAUGCAUCUUGACCCCAAUCAAAGGCCCACAGCUAAGGCGCUGCUCGAUCAUCCACUCAUUCUGCCAUUCAGGCAAGUGCUUACCCUCUGGAAAGGUAUGGGAAGCAUGCAGUAAUGGCCAACAUUGCAACAGCAUUGCACAUUUUUCUACGUCAUAUAGUGUCCGACUAUGUGGUGUCAUGUCCACUUGUUUCCAGACAAGCUUGACCGUUUGUCAAGUGAUGAUGCCCUGCAGUACGUGUCACAGACUGACGCAGCUGCACGGGAGGCAGCCUCUCACGCCUGCGACGCAGGGACAGUCGAUUGGCAGCCAAGUAGAAGCGGAGACUCGCCCACACCUGCAAGACCACUGCAAGUGAGUAAGUCCCCAUGAUAUGCUCAUGAAGUGCAUUGACUCUCUCCGUGUUUGUGUUCGUUUCUCUUAGCAAGCGAAAGAGGCCGUUGCGCGCUAUGCAGCCCCUGCAGCUCUGCAGUCGCCUCCGAAGCACUGGAGGGAUUUCGCGACCAGCAGGGGCUCGUCCAUGGCGGACGAGCUGCAGAGGAGCGGGAAUGCAAUGGGUGGGUGACAGAUGAUGCUGCCAUCCUCUUGGCUGCGACACAACAUGGGGUUUCUCUCCAUUUCGCUGGACAGACAGUCCCACUGCGUGUCGCAGUAAGACUUCAUCUGAUGCUCAUCCCGCUGAUGCCACAGGCGUCCCACCACAAUUGCGGACACAAAGGAGACACUCAAGCGCACCGCCAAAGAAUGACAGCCAGGCGGUAAGUCCGCAUCCACUAAGAGGUAUACAUAAGCCAGCUGACCACGUGUCUCUUCCGCAGGAUGGGUCAUUGCAAAGGAUAGUCGAGGGUGGUCUGCUCAAUAUGGAGAGCGUUGCAAAUGCAACACGGCCCCGCGGCAAGAUAGAUGUCAUCAAAGAUGUCGUUCUCAAUGGCGAGCUCUCUGGAUGGCAUGAUACUGCCGUGGACUUCUUAGGUAUCCAUACAGGGAGAAGAGAAGGAGCACUUACAUCACUGACUCACUUGUCAUGCAGUCUCUCCAUACCCCUCUUCGCGUCCCCCCCGUCCCCCAUCCGCCCCGCCACGCACACGAUUCGACGACAAAAAGAAGAGACCGAAGAACAAUCAAUCACAAGAAUGCACGGUGGGCAUGUCGGCAUGAGACAUGAGACAUGACGCAUUUUCAUUUCAUUGUUCAGUCGCCGGUGUUGCGUCGCCAAGUCACGUCUGAUACCGACGAGUCGCGUGUGCCUCACACCGCAGCACUCACGCCUCAAGAGAUGAUCCAGCUGCUCAAGAAGGGGCUGGGCAUCAUCGAUGAAAACAGCAGGACGGGCAAAAGGAAGAGCGGUAGGAACAAGAAGAGAGAAAGGGCCGCAUGCCCUUCUUCGUCGUCUAGCGCGUCGUCGUGUGUACGGGAGGAGGCGGAAGGGGAUGCAUGACGGCAAUGUUCCACAUGGGGGGGGGCUUAUUGGUCGACGUAGUAGACACUGAACACUUGCUUACGGCUACCCUCUCCUCGUUUCUGCGUGCGUGUCGUAGAUUCUCAUUUGUCUUGUUUCUCUUCUCUCUGACGCGCCGCCUUGUGUGCUUGCGACAGUACUUCGAUUGCUUCGCGAAGCGUGCGUCGUCUGAAAAAGGCACGUGUCUCUUCAAGGACUUAGCCUUGAGAGAGACACGUCGUUGCUGCUGUGGGGUGG